AGAAAACUGUCACUUGGUUUAAGAAACGUCAAAUUAGUAAACAAUGCAAUAUUAUUAUGCUUGUGUAUUUUAACUUUUAUAAAACAGUUACUAUUAGUGGAUUUGGAUAUAAUAUAUUAAUAUAUUAUGUUAUGGAUACUAAAUCGUUAAAUAAUCUUAUGGAAGAGAACAAGGUACAAUUACUUGAUGAGUUGGACACUAAAGAGAAUAUUAACCUUAUACACUCUAAAGAUGUAGAAAAGGAAAACCCAUCACUUUUAGACAGUUUAAUAACCUUUGGAAGAGUACAAAAUUCUGUUGAACCAAAAAAUUUUGAAGGAAAUAAUAAUGAAAAAUGUAGACACUAUUGUAAGGUUGAAUCUAAAAUCAAUGAUUGUGUUGAAGAAAAACAUGAAUCUGAUCCUGGGGAUGAAACUAAAAAAAUAUUAUGCAAUAUUAAGGAAGAAAAAAUGGAUAGUGACUUUGAAGAUGAAAAAUAUUCCCCAUAUAAUGAAGCCAUUUUUGAGACAAAAUUUUUAAUGGAUUAUCAUAAGGUUAAAUAUGAGGAUGAAGAUGAUUUAGGAUCCAAAAUCAAUGAAAGUGUAGAAGAAAGGGACAAACCUGAUCUUGUAGAUGAAAGUGAAAAAUUAUUAUGCAAUAUUAAGGAAGAAAUAAAGGAAGAUAUAAUGGAUAGUGACUUUUCUGAAGAUGAAAAAAACUACCUACAUAAUGAAGUCAUUUUGGAGACAAAAACUGAAGUGGAUUAUCAUAAGGUUAAAACUGAUGAUGAAGAUGAAUCAGGGGAAGCAUUAAAAGGCGACGACGACAAAAACCGUUGUCCGCAUUGUCAAAAACAAUACACGGCAAGACAUAAUUUAAAACAGCACAUUGAAAGCCAACACGGCGACUUGACAGACAGAAAAAAAUACACGUGUCCGCAUUGCGAGAAAAUAUUCUCGCAUUUGGGAACAAAAAACGAUCACAUAAGGUCAAAACACGAGGGCUUCAAGAUCAAUUGCCCGCAUUGCCCUAAAACUUUCACUACUAAAUGCGGCUUAAGACAGCACUUGAAAACCCUAAACCACGAUUCUCCGCAGAAAAAAGAGUACCAAUGUGCACAAUGCGAGAGAAAUUUUACGGAAAAGGACCUUCUAACCCAACAUGUAAAAUUAAAACACAAAGGUUUUAAGUACACGUGUCCACAUUGCCCGAAAACGUACUCUACAAGAAGUAUUUUACAGCAACACGUUCAAAGCCAACACGGCGAUCCCGUGCAAAGAAAAAAAUACGAGUGCGCACAGUGCGACAAAACCUUCGCAUCGGUGGGAUAUUUAAACACGCACAUUAAGUCAACACACGAAGGGUUUAAGUUCCCUUGCCCGCAUUGCCCAAAAAUGUACACCGAAAGGAGAGGCUUGUAUGGCCACCUUCAAAUCAAACAUGCUGCGCUAAAAAAAGAAUACAAAUGUCCACUGUGCGACGAAAAGUUUUCCACCAGGAAAAGUAGACUCGCGCACAUUGACGAAGUGCACGACGGCCAUCGUUACAAAUGCGAGCAUUGCCAGAAAACUUACAUACACAGUGGAAAUUUUAAUAAACACGUUCGAAACCACCAUAGCGACACCUUAUAAAGAAAUGUUGCAUUGCGACAAUAAUUUUUUAUAUAAGGUCCCAGACAACCAUUAGAUAUCCCAUGGAUAUCCACCAAAUGUCCGUCUAUAUCCAGAAUAUAGCUGCCACUUUUGAGGAUGUCUAUGAACGGGUUAUUCUUAGAUCCUGAAGAAAUUUCCCCAACUAGAAACAUCAAUGUUCAAAUCAAAUCAAAUCACGUACAAAUAUAUGUGAUUUGAUUUAAGAUCAAUGUUCAGCAGCUGCUACGCCAUCACGUCUCCAUCUGAAUAUUUGUUGCUUUCGUUAUAUGUACCUAGCGCUCGUGCGUAAGCAGCGGUGAGAUGUAUUGCUACUAUAAUUUGUAACUUUGUUAAUUAAAUAAAAAUGUUGCGAUUUUUUGUGAUAAUUAUGUUUAAUAUUGGCAAUUUUAUACUAAGUAAAUAAAAUUUAUAUUUUUUAAACAUUGCAGCGGAAUACGAAAUACAUUAAAUUAAAACCCCAAAUUAUGCUGUUUACAUUUAAAUAGAUGGAACAAACUAUGUAUAAGAAAAACAUGGUUACGAAAUGAAAAAACCUAAGUAAGUACAGUAUAUGAGUUUAACGAAUAAAUUAACCAAAACGGUUUUAUUAUAACGAUAUACAUACGAAAAAUUACCAAAUUUUGGGAAUGGUUUAUUUCGUUAUUUUACCUACAUAAUAACCUUUUUGAUUUACUAAGAGUAUAACGUAAUAAAAACAAUGAAAAUACCACAAAUUUACGUAAAAUUAACUCCAUAAUUACUAACUGUUUGCUCUCUCUUUCUAAAACACUGACAUUCGUAAUUUAUUUGUUCUUUUAAUUUAUAUUUUAC